UGUCCGCCGUUCUUUGGUGCUGUUCGUCCACCUAGGCAGACGCAAAACGUCGAAAGACGUUUUGAAAGAAUCUUUAGCAUUUUCUCUUCGCUGAUUUUCAGCCAUCCUAGAGCGUCCUUCCAAGCUACCAUGACCUUACUACUGGUGCUACUGUGCGCUGCCAUCGCGUAUGGAGCAAGCACUCGUAAUACCAGCCACUCUCACCUAACGACUCCGGAAACCACCGACGGUGACGUGGAUGGCCGCAUCAAGUUGCCUGGAAAAGCAUCACGCUUCAUUGGUGCCUCGGUUGAGCUCUUGGAUAGCGUGUUGCCAGGAAACCUGGCGGAUGCCAUCAAUGUGACGGACACGAGCAAUGACAGCGCCUGCUACCCGCUCGUGGGCUGCUUCCGCAGUCGGGACCCGCUGACGGUGCCGCUCUCCUUUCCCGAUCCGCCGGAGAAAAUCAACACGAGCUUCCCGCUCUACUCGCGGCAGAACCGCGACUCACCGCUGCGUCUUGACUACAGGUCUCGGGCGAGCGUCGAGCGGCUCAACCUGUUCCGCGAGCGCAAGCCACUGAAGCUGAUCAUCCACGGCUGGCAUGAGGCGGGCGACAGCGAAUGGGUACUCGAAGCGAAAGACUUGCUUCUGAACCUGGAAGACUGCAACGUGAUCGUGGUGGACUGGCGGGGUGGCUCACAGCAAAGCAACUACAUCCGGUCGGCUGGCAACACAGCGCUCGUCGGCCGCGAGGGGUCGCUGUUGCUCCAGCAACUGUUGUCCAUCUACCGCAACACCUUGAGCCCCGAGGACGUGCACGUGAUAGGCCACAGCUUGGGUGGCCAGGUUUCUGGGUUCCUUGGUCGCCACUUCCUCAACCAGACCGGCGUGCGCUUAGGGAGGAUCAGCGCUCUGGAUGCCGCUGCUCCGCUCUUUGAAGACACGGACGUGUUCCUCUCCCGCCGUGACGCCCAGUUCGUGGACGCCAUUCACACAAGCGCCGGAGGAAAAGUUAUCAAGGGAGAGUUCGGUAUCCUGAAGCCCUUUGGUCACGUGGACUUCUACCCAAACGGUGGCCAGAAGCAGCCCGGAUGUCCGAAGCUUGAGCUGUACUGCGACCACAAGCUGUCCAAGGACUUCUUCCUGGAGUCCCUACGUAGCCAGCGAUGCCGGUUUGUGUCGGAACCCUGCGCCGGUGGCCUGGACGCUCUGCUGGCGGACCGCUGCACACGGAGGGGCGACCGCGGCGAGAUGGGCUACUUCGCGGACCGGGCGCCCGGCCGAGGCGUCCAGACGUUGGAGACCAACGAUGCGGCGCCUUACUGCCGCGAGAGGCACGUGCCCAGGAACCCGUCCCGAGACGACACACCAAGGCGCGACCGCAACAGACGACCGGCCAGAAAUUAAGACUUGCAAUCGUACGCGACGUCUCUGAAGACUCUUCGGUUCUCUCAGUCAAUAAACACUCAGGAUCUCGGUUUUUUUCCGAAAUCAACAA